AGAGAGUGGUCCAGCUUUCCCUUCGUCUGUGUGUGUGUGUGUGCGCGUGUGUGUGCGCGUGUGUGUGUGUGACAGAUCCAUUCCUCGCUGCCUCCAUGCACACAUAGCAGGUUAGAGAGGGCAGGAAGUGCUCUUCAUCCUCACUGUCCUCACUCUUCAGCCUCACGCGUGGUUCGUUUCAUCCGUCUGAGGAAUGACACAGUCCCGCUGACACCACGGAGAGAUACACGCUGAGACCGAGCAUGGCUGUGGACGCGGCGUCCAGCUUCAGCUUUUGCCGCGCCUCGCUGGAGCACACGUUGUCGGCAGAGGAGUUAAACUACCAGCUGCCGCACCGCGCCGGAGGCAGCAACCUGACCUGGCACGAUGGCCGUGGCCAACAGACAGCACACACACGCACCGUCAAACUGCUGCAGCAGCCCGGUACAGAGGGCAUCCAGUUGCGUCCAGGUGAAGCCUUCACUGUGUAUCACACCAGUCCUACACUGUCCAGCCUGUCCAAACCUGUGGUGCUGUGGACUCAGCAGGACGUCUGCAAGUGGCUUAAGAAACACUGUCCUCACAACUACCUGACUUAUGUAGAGGCCUUCUCUCAUCACGCCAUCACAGGACGGGCACUGCUGCGUUUGAAUGGGGAGAAGCUGGAGAGGAUGGGAAUCGUACAGGAGACGCUGAGGCAGGAGGUCCUCCAACAAGUCCUGCAGCUGCAGGUCAGGGAAGAGGUCCGCAACCUGCAGCUCCUCAGCAGAACCUCUUUUGGAAACUUUUCUUAGCUCCGGCGUGGAACCCUUUGGCCGCCUGUGUCUCACACAGCGUCUCUCAGAGCCAGUGUGUGAGCUGCUGUCUUCAGAUAUGUGAUGUGGAGAAUCAGUGAAUGAAAGGCGAGAGGACGACAUGCUGAGCCCGUCUGGACCUCUCUCAGUCACUGACACCGAGACAAAGGCCCGUCACUGGAACAUAGUGAUCAUACUGUAUUACCCUAGUGAUGAUGAUGAUGAUGAUGAUGAUGACGUAAAUCUUUCCUCUUGUCCGAUUGGACAAAUCAAAUGAGACUUGGUGAAGACGCACAUGAGCUGAUAUUAAUGUCCAUGCUGACAUGUUCCAUCACAUGUGGACUGUCGUACGCACGACUGUUGACACAUGUGAUCACACAUCACUUUGUUUUAUUAACUUUUUAUUGUUUUUCACAAUAAUGGUCCAGGGCAGAGACAGGAAGUGACAUGGAUACAUGACGUGCAGUCAGAGUCACAUGUUCAGCAGAUAACAAUCACACAUAGAGACCGGGAACUCAUCGUCAUCGUUUUAUCUUCAUCAUCUGGUCCAGCGUGUGACCUUCAGUCAAGGACAUGGAAGGCACUGAUGUCGGCUGAAGGUGUCACAGUGUGUUCAGCAUGAUUUCCUUCACCACAGAAAAUCAAGAAAUGAAUAUAUGAGUUUAUUUAUCCCUCAGGGGAUUUUUGGACCAAACCAACUGCAUAGAAUAUUUAAAAUCUUGAGUCCUGGAACUGAAGCACAUUCUCAGAGUCAUCAUUCAGUCAUGUCCUUCAGUACAGUCUCCAUGCUGCUGUGUAAUAAUACCUCAAAUGGUGUGACCUUCGGCCUGGCCUCUCUCACAUAUGUAUUCACCUCAUCAUGUUUGCACAGAUGUGACACACACAGACACACACACACACACACACACACACACACACACAGACACACACACACACACACACGUGUGUUCUCAAACAUGAGGACAGCGGCUCACACAAACACAAACGUCACUGACAGCAAGUGAAAACCUAAAGAUCAGGACGUUCUUGUAACUCGGGUUUCCGACCUCAUGAACCCUGACCUGGGACUGGAGUGCACCAGGAUCAGAUCUUAACCCACACACUGCUGUGAUGGUGGAUUGUGUGAGCAGAUAGAGAUGAACUUGUAACUGAGAUAAAUGUGAGGUUUGUUCAUGAGGAUGAAGAGAUUCAAUAUCAUACUAAAUAUGUUUCUUAGCAACCGUGAGCACUAUUUACAUUUAGUAUUACACUCAACAAUAAAUGAUACGUAGCUUCCAUGAGACCGAGCCCUUCCUGACCACACUGAGUUUUAGUCUCAUGACAAAAAUGCCAUUUAGUUUAGUUCAUAUUUUAGUCAUCUGAGAUGUUUUAGUCCAGUGUUACUAAACUAAAUAUGAUCAUAGUUGACUCAGUCUACUGUAGACCGCAUGUCAAUUGGUAUUUUUAUUUCCAAUCUAAAAUGAGCUGGUUGGUGGUUUGUUCUACGUGGAGACAGCAGCUGCACUUUACUCAACCUCUGCAUGGAUUUCAAAUGUUUUGUCCUUUGAAAGGAAAGGAUAAACAAAUCGUCCCUGACAUGGACCAUGUGUUGUCUCUUCAUUUCUGUCUCUAAAGGGUCAUUGACGACAUCAACACUGGCUCCCGGCUCAUUUCACUUUAUACACUUAUCAUUGUCUGUGUUUUCAUUGAUUUGUAUAUAAUUGUUGAAAUCUUCAUCAGUCCAUUCAGCUCCUCUCUGUGUAUUUGUCCACUUUAAUAUAAACCACACAUGUUGUGUGUGACGUGAUCGGAUCAACAGAUGUUAAGACCAGGUCUCGACUGAUCCUGAGUUUGCUGAGAGAAAUCCAGGAUGCAUGUGGAUCACCAGUCCUUUUCAAAGCCUGUGAUGACAGUGUCGAGUGGAUGUGAGUGAUGCUCAGCCACAGCUCACAGUACGUCUUCUUCUCAGGACUUGACUUUUUAGAGUUGUAGCUGUGGAGGAACCAUCGUUAGUCCUUUUUGUAACUUCUGUGACUGAGAUUUACAAUCAUAUACACUAUGUUGUUCAUGCAGUAUGAGCAUUGUAGCAGUAUAUACUCUACUGGCAUCUUUGUUUAUUAAUAAAAGACUAAACACAA